AUCUCUCUAUCUUUACAUCUCUAAAAAACUUUAUCACUCUUUUAAAAGCUAUAUAAAUACCCCCACACAUGCAACAACUCUCUUAACAUACCCAUCUCCAUCUCUCUCUCUCUCUCUCUCUCUCUAACCAACCUAACCCAUCAAUCUCUCACUAUCUUUCUCUGUCCAUGGCAGAACUUGAAUAUCAAACUAAACCCAACAAUAAUGGACGCUUAAAGCUCUUUGGAUUCAAUGUUUCAGAGGACGAGGAAGUAGACUCCACCAAAACACCAUCCGGGUCGGCGGAUUCCGGCUGUUUCCCAGCGACCGACGGCCGGAAAUACGAGUGCCAGUACUGCUGCCGAGAAUUCGCGAACUCACAAGCAUUGGGUGGACACCAAAACGCUCACAAGAAAGAGAGACAACAAUUAAAGCGAGCCCAAUUACAAGCUAGCCGAAACGCCGCCGUUUCCUACAUCCGCAACCCCAUGGUCUCCGCCUUUGCUCCGCCGCCCCACCUCCUCGCUCCGUCCGGCCAGGUGGUGGUUCCAGCAGCCGCGGCGGGGCAAUCGCCGUCGUGGGUUUAUGUUUCUCACGCUGCUCCGCCAUUCCACGUGUCGCACGGAUGUGUGUUCCCGAAUUUGGGUUCGAGAGGUGGUGGUGCAGGGAAUUUACAGUAUGCCGGCGGUGCAGGGGAGUCAGCAUUGUCGACGAGUGGGCCUCAACAGGGCCGGGUCCAUGGUAGAGUUGAUGGGCCUUCGUUGAGUAGGUUCACGAAAAGUGAUGGUGGGCCCAGUUUCGAUGACUCGUUUGGAUUGGACUUGCAUCUCAGCCUCGCUCCAGCCGCGCCUUGACUUCGGCUUGGCUUCUUGGGUGGGUACCACUGGCUUCUGACUCAAAGCUAUAUAUGGCUUGGCUCUAUUAGACUCAGCUGGGAAGUCGAUGUUAAUUAAUUACCCCCAGUCGGGUCUUUGUAAAAUUUCAGAUUUAUUUAUUUAAUUUUUUCGGGAAGUAAUCUAAUUAGAAUAUGCUUCAUGAUC